AUGGGGUUGCACUUGGUGGUUCUGGCAAAACUCAAGCUCAUAACCACCACCUACAGCGUAGCUCCAAUGGUGGCCUGCUUGGCAUGGCCUUUUGUGCUUAAACUGUUGUUCAGCGUUGGACGGCUCGGACCUCUUGGUCGAGUCUACGACGAUGUGUUGGAUGGGUUCAGGUUUUUCUUGUUUCAAAUGGGUCAGAUAACCUUCAAUGCAGCACCAGCUUCUGGGAAUAGUACCAGAUGGGAACGAGCUCUUCGGCUAGUCCGCGAGAGGGUGGCUCAGGUGAGUCAUUCGCCGGCGUUGGAGUCCGACGAAUCAUGGUCCGCCACUGCUAAAACCAACACUACCACCACCUCUAGCUAA